GAUUCUCAUGGAAAAUAAGUGAAUAAGUUGAAAACAUUUAGAGAUGGAAAGACACUUGUGAAAAUGUCAGGGGUUGUUGUUAUGAUUUGUGUUCCAACAGAACUCAAAGAGACUGAAUUCUUAUCCAAACAAAGGGUUCGAAUAGUAUCUUAUAAAAAAGCUUAUGAAAUAGUGCAUGCAAACUCUUCUGGAAAUGAAGAAAUUCAGAAUUUAUCCUUGAGUUUACGGCAACCGAUGAUCAAAAUAAUAGAGGAAAUCCUUGCUUCUUCCAACAUAACAAAUGCAGUUUGGUCCGGUGAGGGAGAUUAUGUCCAAGUUAUGUUUCCAUUGGAUUCCCAGAUAGAGUGCGAAUCAAUUUUACAUAAAUUACAUGAGAAUGACAUUGGAAUAGCUUACAACUCGGCAGUUAGCGUGUUACCAUGUUGUAUACAUUAUUUUGGACAUAAAGAUGUCGAUAAAGAUUCAGUAUUGAAGAAAACAGGUGAUUUCAAUAAUGGUUUAAAUACUUGGAACAGUUUCAUUUCAUCAAGAAACAGCAGAUUGACGGUAGAUCAGAUCGUAGAAACUGUUCAAAAUAAAGCGGUUUUAACAUUUGAUUUUGUUUGCUUAUUAUUGAUAUCCACAACAAUGUGCGCACUGGGUUUAGUGGAGAAUAGCACCGUCUGUUUGCUUUCUAGUAUGGUUAUGUCGCCCAUGAUGGGACCAGUAAUGGCGGCAACUUUUGGAUAUGUAAUAAGAAAUACAAACCUCAAAAGCAUUGGGGUUAAAAAUGCACUACUUGGUUUAGGAGUAGCUACUUUAGUAGGAUUCUGCUAUGGAACAAUAACGUGCAUCAUAACAGAUAAAUAUGGGAAUCAAGAGUGGCCGACUUAUGAAAUAACUUCAAGAGGAGAAUUGAGAUCACUAUGGAUAGGAUUUGUAAUAGCUCUGCUCUCAGGAGCAGCUGUCGCACUCGGUAUUCUGAGUGAUAAUGUGGCAUCCCUUGUAGGAGUGGCCAUUUCAACAUCCCUGAUGCCACCUGCAGUUAAUGCUGGACUGCUGUGGUCAAUGGCAUCUGUAUAUUAUUUGAAAAGCAAUAGUACAACUUAUCAUUCUUUAGAUUUCAAAAGGCAAUAUUCAGAGAAUGAUUUCAUUGAACUUCUAUCUCUAGGAUUCAUUAGUAUAUGCCUUACUAUAGUAAAUAUUAUUUGUAUAUAUUCAUCAGCAAUCUGCAUUUUCAAGAUCAAAGAGGUCGCACCUAUUGCUGUGCUGAACAAACAGAGAAGGCAAUUCUGGAAAUAUGAUAUAAAAAACGCAAGACAAAUGAACACAUUACACAAAGAAGAAGGUCAAAAAAUACGUGACAAACUUGCGGAUUUUGCAGAAGUCAAAAAGUCGUAUGACGCAGAAGAUAUUUCCCAUUAUUUCAGCUACAUACCAAAAGGAAAAAUGAAAUCAAUGAUGAGUACUGCCACUUGGUCCCAUAGUACCAAUAAAAUAGGAAGUGUGAGAGACCUUCAUUUCGAGCAUAUUACAACUUCAGCAAAAAAAUCGAAUAUCCUCAACAUUCAAAAUAGAAAUAUUCUACAAAUAUCAACUUCUUCUGAAAAAUUAGAACACAGAAAGAACGACUUUUUGAAAAUCAGUAAAAGGAAGAGAAAGCGAACAAUAUCAUCCUCAUAUGACACACGUGAUGUUCAAGACUGUACAAUGAAAAGCCUACUAGUCGAAGAAAAAUCACCUUAUGGAGAUAAAGAAUUCAAAUUGAUUCAAACAAAGUGCAAGACUUUCUUGGUGUCCUCUUGUAAAGAAAUUGAUAUUGAAUCUUGUAAAUGUGAAUCCAUUUCUACAGGAGACAGCCCCAAAUAAACUAAUUUGAAAAUAAGAACCAUCACAUAGAGGGUGUCCCAAUUGGAUGUAGAAAGUCGCUAUUCAUUUAUGAGAACCUCGUUCAGCUGUUUCUUUUUUCAAUCUAUAAACAACAAUUUAUGUUCAGACUAUUUUAAAAUAUACAAAUAUCUACAAAUCGGUAGUGAACUUGAAAUCAUGAAUAAAAAAUACGCCGGGCCUUUUUCUGAAGAAUUCAGUUACGCAAUUUUUUUAAAAUAGCUUAAAUGUAAUUAUGUACUGAUUGCACUUUGAACAAGAAGAGCUGAAUGCUGUUACUCAUUUCUCAAAAAACUAAUGAUCAAAAAAUCACAACACCAUCAAAUAGGUACUCUCAAAGAAUAUCUAAUUUGGGACGCUAAAUCAAAUCAAUUUGAUGUCAGAUAUUUCAUCUGUAAAUAAAUUUAAAUUUUUAACGAAUAAUAAAUUAAAUUUUACUAUUUUCAUUCCA